AUGAACAGAUGUAAGUUGACGCGGCGAGGGAGCACAGACACGGCUGCAGACACAGACAACCUGAGUGCUAAACACUCACACUCCCAUCACUCCCUGCUCAGAGACAUGCCAGACCACUCCAACAGCCACGGAGACAACACCCACAACACCGUCACGCCAAGGGGGAGGGGGGAGGGUCAGAGUCUAUACACCCACAACACCGUUGACACCAAGGGGGAGGGUCAGAGUCUAUACACCCACAACACCGUUCACGCCAAGGGGGAGGGUCAGAGUCUAUACACCCACAACACCGUUCACGCCAAGGGGGAGGUGCGUUCACAGAUCUCCACCAUCACCAUGGCGACGUUCAACACCACAGUAGCGUCCUUCAACGUGGGCUAUGCCGACUUCUUCACCGAGCACAUGAAAAAGCUGUGUAACCCUGUACCCAUCCCAGAGAUGCCCCACGAGACGCUGGCGUGCGCCAACCUGCCCCGGAGCUUCACCGACUCGUGUAUCAACUACUCAUGCCUGGAGGAGGGAGACAACAUCGAGGGCACCAACAACUUCAUUCUGAAGAAUGGCAUGCUGGACCUUACGGCCAUCCUGCGGGCGGUCUACGCCGUGCUGACCCACGACAUCAGCUCACGCAUCUGUGACGUGUCGCUCAACAUCAUCGACUGCCUGCUGCAGCUGGGGGUAGUGCCGGGCAUGGGAAAGAAGCUCUCCAAGCCCGACGACAAGGAGAACGAUGAGACACGCCUCCCGAAGGAGGGGGCCAAUCAGAGCCUGAGCGGCGCCCAAGGGGGCGUGUCUGGAGGGUGCAGCGGGGCGGCACCAGGAGGAGGAGGAGGGGGGGAUGGAGGAGGAGGAGGUGGGGGAAGUGGAGGAGGGAGUGGAGGAGGGAGCGGAGGAGGGAGCAAGGACAACGUGAAGAACAAUAAGGAGAAAGACAGCAAGGAGGACGGCUCUUCGCUGAGUACCCACAGGCUGGCUCUUACCAUGCUGAUCAAGAUGGUCAAGUCUCUGGGUUGUGCCUACGGCUGUGGGGAGGGCCACAGGGGACUCUCAGGGGACCGGCUCCGCAUGCAGGCCCAGAACUGCCUGACCAACCUGUACAAGCUGGACAAGCUGCAGUUCCGUCAGACCAUGAGGGACUACGUCAACAAGGACUCGCUCAACAACAUCGUGGACUUCCUGCACGCACUCCUGGGCUUCUGCAUGGAGCCCAUCACCAACAAAUACGGCAGUGCAGGUGAGAGGUCCAGGAGGGUGAAAAAAAGACCCAUCGAUAAGGCCGGGUUCGGGAACAACUUCACCACGGGGGACAACAAGUCACUGGCCCAGAACAUGGAGGCAGUGGUGGUGGGCUGCAUGUUCAAGUCUCUGAUCACUCGCUGUGCCUCCACCACGCACGAGCUGCACAGCCCUGAGAACCUGGGUCUGUACUGUGACAUCCGCCAACUGGUGCAGUUCAUCAAGGAGUCCCAUGGCAACGUGUUCCGCAGGGUGGCACUGAGCGCGCUCCUGGACUCGGCCGAGAAAGUGGCCACCACCAAGAAGCCAGAGGAGAAGGAGGAGCCUAUCACCAAACCUACAGCAUCCAGGAGGUCAGAGGCAGGUGUGUCUGGGGAAAAGGGAGGGCAGCCGUCCACCGCUGCAGAUGAGUGCCGCAGCUGCAUAUCCAGCCGCCCCCCCCAGACACCAGAGCAUGAUGAACAGAUUCCGGGGGCUCUGCUGGGCAGGAAGGACUUCUGGAGGAAGAUGUUCAAGUCACAGAGUGCUGCCAGCGACACCAGCAGCCUAUCAGAGCAGGACACGUCAGAGUGCACCACCGCCCACUCGGGCACCACUACGGACCGACGCACCCGCUCACGCUCCCGACGCAUCUCCCUGCGCAAGAAGCUCAAGCUGCCCAUCGGUAACUGGCUUAAGCGGUCAUCUCUCUCUGGGCUGACCGACGGGGUGGAGGACUUGUUGGACAUCAGCUCUGUGGACCGACUCUCCUUCAUCCGCCAGAGCUCCAAGGUGAAGUUCACCAGCAACGUGAAGCUGUCAGAGGGCGGCGGGGGAGCGGGGGGCGUGGAGUACGGCCGGGACGAGGAGGAGAAUUUCUUCAAGCGGCUCGGUAAAUGGCGGUCUGGCAGGCGGAACCCAUCCAAGCUUCACCACACAGAAGAGAAAGAUGGGCCCCAGGGGUUCCAGGAGCGCCUGGCAGCCAGCCAGGAGGCCAUGAAGAACAAGAACGUGGUGAACCUGACCGCCAUCCGCCAGGGCAUGAAACGCUUCCAAUUCCUGUUGAACUGCUGCGAGCCAGGCACCAUCCCUGACGCAUCCAUCCUGGCCGCUGCGCUCGACCUGGAAGCUCCCGUGGUUGCCAGAGCCUCCCUGUUCCUGGAGUGCGCCCGCUUCGUCCACCGUUGUAACCGUGGCAACUGGCCCGAGUGGAUGAAGGGUCACCACGUGAACAUCACCAAGCGGGGUCUGUCUCGGGGGCGUUCGCCCGUGGUGGGAAACAAGAGGAACCAGAAGCUCCAGUGGAAUGCAGCCAAGCACUUCUGUCACUGGGGAGAUGCCAUUGGUACACGUCUCAGUGAGCUGUGCCACUCAGACAGCGAGAGUCCUGCCAACAUCCUGGGUUUUAUCUACGACGAGGAGACCAAGCGAAGAUUGAGAAAGGAGGACGAGGAGGAGGACUACUUAGACGACAAUACAGUCAACCCAACAAAAUGCGGCUGUCCUUUCGCUCUCAAGAUGGCCGCCUGCCAGUUACUGCUGGAGAUCACCACCUUCCUCAGAGAGACAUUCCCCUGCCUCCCCCGGCCACGCACAGAGCCUCAAGUGGAUUUGGAGAGCUGUCGAUUGAGGCUGGACCCUGAGCUGAGUCACCACCGUUAUGAGAGGAAGAUCAGCUUUGCCGGUAUCCUAGACGACGAGGACGGCCACGACUCUUUGAACAGCAGCAGCCACACACUCAAGUCUGACACGGCCUGCGACGACAAGAAGGCCCAGGAGCCUCUGGCUCCCAUCAGGAAGAGUCGUGCCGGGGGCUCUCGCCUGCUGCAGAUCAAGGGGGCCAGGAGUUUCAGGGUGAAGAAGGGGGGCUCUCUGUCCUCCAUCCGCCGGGCCGGCAGCCUGAAGAGCACCAAGAUGUCCCGCCAAGACUCAGAGUCAGAGAACGAGGAGGGACUGCUGUCCCAGAGCAGGGACACUGUCACUGACAUAGGAAGUCCAUGGAGCACCAGUGAACCCAGUAUUGAGCCGGAGGGUUCAGGAGGCACCGGCGGAGCAGAGGACAACUACCACCGUAACAUGUCCUGGCUACAUAUCAUGAUUCUGCUGUGCAACCAGCAGAGUUUCAUCUGUACCCACGUGGAGUUCUGCCACCCACGCUGCUACCAGCACCACAGCCGCUCCUGUGCCCGCCUGGUGCGUGCCAUCAAGCUGCUGUACGGGGAGACAGUGGACAGCCUGAGAGAAGACAGUGCAGGGAACAUCAGUAGCCGGUCCAAGAAAAACAAGGAGUGGUCAGACAAGUCUUGUCUGAGGACCCCGUCCAUGAAGAGACGCCCCAAAGACUCCAACACAGAGGGCAAGAAGGACACGGGCAUGCUCAAGUACAUCCGCAACCAGGUGAUGAGCCUGUCCCCAGCUCCUCUGUCACUGCUGAUCAAGGCGGCGCCCAUCCUGACAGAGGACAUGUACGCAGACGUCCAGCCUGCAGCCUGGGAGCUCCUGCUGAGUGUGGACGAGCAUAUGGCUGCUGCUGCAGCUGCCAUGUUCUUGCUGUGUGCGGUGAAGGUGCCUGACGCGGUGACAGAGAUGAUGAUGGCUGAGUUCCAGCACGCUGAGGCGAGCCAGCGCAUCAACUCAGUGUUCAAGUUCUACACGCUGUGGCGCUUCCGCUACCAGGUGUGGCCGCGCAUGGAGGAGGGUGCCCAGCAGAUCUUCAAGAUCCCUCCGCCCAGCAUCAACUUCACCCUGCCCUCACCUAUCCUGGGCAUGCCCUGUGUGCCCAUGUUUGACCCGCCCUGGGUACCCUCCAACACUGGCAGCGUCCAAGACCCAAUCAACGAGGACAAUUCUGUAAGUCCCGCCCCUGCUGCCUGGAUUACUGUCCAAUCAGCAGAUACUUACAGAAUUUUCAAUGAGCCUAGUGGUUGA